UGUCUCCUCCAUUAGAAUUCCCCUUCAGAUAAGAUACUAGAGGUGUCACUGAAAGAAAACAAUACGGGAUGAGUUUAAAAACAAGAUUGGUCAGUAAAGGCCAGCGCUGCUGUGUGCAGGUCAAGGCUGAAGUUGUGCCCAGCAUCCCCUCAGCCUCUUCCUCUGAUAAACCCUCCAAUAGCACUAGCGCCACCACACUUCCCAGAGCUUGGGGUCAAAACACGCACACCAUUAGGAGAGGCAGUCAGAGAGAAGGACAGUGAGGCCAGACGGAGUGGGAGCAGGCAGUUACAGGGAGUUUUUGCUCAGGUGCAACUUUUACUUGGUUGAGUGGGAUGUUCCAGUACUUGUUUUUCUCCUUCUGUAUCUAUGUCCAGUUACAGCCAAUAUCUUCAGUGGCUCUGGACCCUUGCUCUGCCUAUAUCAGCCUGAAUGAGCCUUGGAGGAACACUGAUCACCAGAUAAAUGGUUCCCAUGACCAGCCUACAUGCGAUAGCCACAUAGAUGGGGAGUGGUACCGCUUCACUGGCAUGGCUGGCGAUGCCAUGCCUACCUUCUGCAUCCCAGAGAACCACUGCGGGACCCAUGCUCCCAUCUGGCUAAACGGCAGCCACCCUGGAGAGUUGGAUGGCAUUGUCCAAAGACAAGCCUGUGCGAGUUUCAGUGGGAACUGUUGCCUUUGGAACACCACGAUUGAUGUUAAGGCAUGUCCCGGCGGGUAUUAUGUCUACCGCUUAACCAAGCCUAGUGUCUGCUUCCAUGUGUACUGUGGGCAUUUCUAUGAUAUCUGUGAUGUGGUGGAUUGCCAUGGCUCCUGCUUGGAUACUGGAGACUGCAUGUGUUCCUUGGGGACGACACUGGGACCUGAUGGACAGACCUGUCUUGAUGAGAAUGAAUGUGAACAGGAUAAUGGAGGUUGCAGUGAGUUUUGUGUGAAUCUGAAGAACUCCUAUCGCUGCGAAUGUGGAAUAGGGCGCACACUGGAAAAGGAUGGUAAAACCUGUGAAGAAAUUGAAGGUUGCCACAAUAACAAUGGAGGCUGCAGCCACACCUGUAUUGCAGUGGAGGACACAUACCAGUGUGAGUGCCCAAGGGGGCUUGUUCUGUCAGAGGACAACCACAGCUGCCAAGUUCCAGUGCUGUGCAAGUCCACCUCCAUUGAGGUGAGCAUCCCCAAGGAUCUGGUUGGAGGGCUGGAUCUUUCUCUCAUCAAUGCUUCCUGCAAAGGAGUAUCCAAUGGCACUCAUGUCAACAUCAACUUCUCUUUGAAGUCCUGUGGCACCGUUGUAGAUGUAGUAAAUGAUAAAAUCAUUGCUACCAAUCUGGUGACUGGCUUGCCCAAGCAGACACCUGGCAGUAAUGGGGACAUCAUCGUCCGUACCGGCAAGCUGCUUAUCCCUGUGACCUGUGAGUUUCCCCGUCAGUACACCAUCUCUGAGGGCUACGUCCCCAACCUGAAGAACUCCCCUCUGGAAAUCAUGAGCCGCAACCGGGGCAUCUUCCCCUUUACCCUCGAGAUCUUCAAAGACAAAGAGUUUGACAAGCCCUACAGGGAUUAUCUCCCCACCCUCAAGCUUCGCGACUUGCUGUAUUUUGGAAUCGAGCCCGUGGUGCACGUGAGUGGGCUAGAGACACUGGUAGAGAGCUGCUUCGCCACCCCAACCUCAAAAAUUGAUGAGAUCCUGAAGUACUACUUAAUUCAAGACGGCUGUGUUUCUGAUGACUCCGUGAAACAAUACACGUCAAAGGAUCAUCUUGCCAAGCACUUCCAGGUCCCUGUGUUCAAGUUUGUGGGUAAAGACAACAAGGAAGUGUUCUUGCACUGCCGCAUCCUGGUGUGUGGCAUGCUGGAUGAGAGGUCUCGCUGUGCCCAGGGGUGUCGAAGACGAAUGCGCAGGUCAGCUGGGAUGGAGGAAGAGGAGGAGGAAACCAGUCACAUGGCAAACCAUAUCCUGACAGGUGGCCCCAUUAGCAUUGACAUGGAUGAGUAGCACUCUCUUACCAUCACAGCGUAUUACCCAAGAACCUGCCCUCCCUUCCUACUGAUGUUUUGUUGCAUGUGUCUUUGAUGAUGUGAAAAAGUUGUUUGGUAAAGCCCUGCCUGAGCCCUAUUAUCUUGUUUCAUAACAGCCUGACAGGUUAUUUACUUUUGUGAAGCUUAUAUUAGACCCAAGAGGCAGCCACUCCAUGUGUAAUCUGAUCAGCUGUGCCUGCAUUUCUGCCAAUUAAAGGGAGAUAUUUCAGUCAUAGGCCCAAAAUGUUACCUGCCUUCAUUUUUCUGAUCUGUUUGUGAACUUCACAAUGUUCAAACACAUUUUGAACCAUGUCGCCAAUGCUUUGUUUUCCAAGGACAAUACAAACAGUGCCAGAGGAACCCAACACACGUACCGAACAACUCCUGUGGUAAGGCUGUAUGUGCAGUGAGUAGGUGGAGAGUGUGACAUCAAGGUUCUGAAGAGUGAUUAUUAAAAUACAUAUAAAUAUAUAUCUCAAAUAUGCAGACUCCCUGAAGCUGUAAAGAACAGUAAUAUUCAGCUAAAGCUCAGAAUUGUUACAGGCAAAUGUGCAUAUUUUAAAAGAAUUAUUUCAUAAAAUUAGUUUUAUAUUUUCCUCUGAUAAUUGCAUACAUGUUUUUAUAAUAUUUUUCUCUCUGUUGAGUGUAUCAUCUCUCUGUCUCUCUUCCCCCUAAUCCUGUCCCACUCCCCCACUAAUUUGGUGAUAUGGGUGCAUUUUUGUAAGUGGUCUGACACCUUAAUUGUAAAAAAAAAAAUUAAAAAUCUCAAAACUAAUACAAAGUGUGAUGCUGUGAUCUUCUAUGACUUGGGUGUUCUAAUGCAUUAACCGAGAACAGGAUAGAGGUGUUAAUGAAAUGCAUAGUAAGAACAAUUGAUGGAAACACUCCAUAGAUGUGUUAAACAUAGAGGAUCAGGUUCAAAAGCAGCAUCAGGCCUGGUGAAAUGCUCAGAAAGUUCUUAAAGACAUUGUGAGGGUUAAGCACCAUCUUGUCGGAGGAAGACUAGCAGGAGAGUCUGCUCCAGUGGACACUGAAUAUUGGAUACUGAUUGAGAUUCAUUUGGAAUGCAACACACCAGCACAGAGGGAGGUAUAAUGCCAAAGCCAGCCUGAACUAGUUCAUGCGGCUCCAUGCAGCCAAAGACUAGUGACUUUGGGUGAAGAUAUUUCCUAGGUAAGAAGUACAAUGCAGAGGCAGCAGUAAGGAUCAGCAAGUGUGCAGAAAGUAGGGACAGAGCCCAAGAGUGAGAGAGGAGGGAACUACUGGGUUUGACAUUGUGUUCAUGGGGUUUUCUGCAAAUGAAAUUCCUUUUGUGCAGUUUGGACCAGCACUGUUCAAGGUAAACAAGACUUGUGUACAUUUGUAAAUAAAUAAAUUGCACUAGAAAAUCUCCUGAGUCUAUCACCAAUUUUUCUUCCAGUUGGAAAGUGUCCGAAGUCCAGAAUCUGUUAUCGCUUGCAAAUGGGCAACAAUAUAAAAGGGGAUUACAACUCAUAGCCGCAGUAUUCAGUUUCAGAGCUUUAUUUCCUCCAGCAACCAGACUCAGAAUACAAAUUAGAGUUUAGCAUUAUUGAUUUAUUUGGUAGCUGUGAUAUUUCAAAAAUGGCUUUUAGCCUGUCUUCAUGAAU